AAGCAAGAAGAACUUAUCACAUAUGGAGCUUUCAGAUGAAGAAGGAACAUUGAGAAUUCCAGUUGCUGCAAGUUUGAAGAUUGAAGAAGAAGAAGAAGGAAGUAGAAUUUUUUUUCUGACAUGGCAGGCGUACAAAAGGAAGAAGGGAACUGGUUGAUUCAGGCUGCUGCAAGGAUGAUGUUCAGUAAAGAUGAAGAAAAUGUUGUUUGAAUUUGAAGUAUAAUAAUCUAAGAAUGAAGAAAUAAGUAAUUAUAACUCUUGGAGCAUGUAGACGAAGAAGAAAAUGGAUGACAUAGUUGGAGUACGAAGCAAAGAAUGGAAUUGAUUGAAUAACAUUGCUACAGAAGGAAUAUGUUGAUUAUGACGAAGAUGUUGCUGCGGAAAAUUAUAGAGGAUAUGAAGCUAAUGAAGAAACAGAUUGAACUAAGGACACACUGCAAGAGAUAUAGCUUGCUAUCUCGGCGUACCAAGUGCUGUAAAUACUAAAUGGCGCUGAAGAGGCGGCAGAUAACGGCGAGUACUAGCGAGUGGCGACAGUCGCCAGCAUGAGGCCGCAGCUGAUGGUGUUGGCUGCACUGUGCUGUGGGUCUACCCUCGGCAUCACACAACCUCUGGAUGGCGAAUGGCGCCUGAACAACCCCGGCAGGGCCAUACACCUGCCCGCCAGGGUGCCGGGGGGCGUGUAUUCCGACCUGCAGAGUGGUGGGCUGCUCAACGACACUCUUUACAGGUUCAACGAUGAGGAGUACCGUUGGGUCGCAUAUGAGAACUGGACCUACACCACGACUUUCAACGUGUCGCAGAACAUGCUACAGAAGAGGCAUUUGGUGAUCGUGUUUCACGGCGUGGACACUGUAGCAGACAUCCUUCUCAACGACCAGAUGUUGGGAUCUACCGAUAACAUGUUUGUCAGGUACCAGUUCCCAGUGAAGAACUUGCUGAGAGCCUCUGGCAACGUGCUCAAGGUGGAGCUGGCCUCUCCCACCGUGUCGGCGGCAGCCAGGUACCGCGAGCAGGCGCGCCGUUACGUGGUGCCACCGCCCUGCGUCGAUGAGGCGUACCAUGGCGAGUGCCACGUCAACUUCCUGCGCAAGAUGCAGGCCUCCUUCGCCUGGGACUGGGGCCCGGCCUUCCCCUCCGUCGGCGUCUGGAGGAGCGUCGAGCUGCUCUCGUACGACGGCGCCAACUUGCGUGAUGUGACCGUGAGGUAUACUGAAGUAAACAAAAACAUAUCCAUGGAUUUCGACUACUUGCUAGAAACUGGAACAGGCGAAGGUCAAAUCGAAGGAAAGCUUGUGGCAUCUUUAGUGUACAAUGAUACUACUGUGUUCACCUCAGAGAGAAAUCAUACCAUUAAACUCAACAGUAACGAAACGGAACACCACGCCAGCCACCAUUUAUCAUUCCAAGACGACAUAGAGCUGUGGUAUCCUAAUGGUCUCGGCAAACAGAAGAUGUACAACAUGAGCUUCCAGUUCAUCAGUAACAAUGGAACUGAAAAGAUCCAGAUACAUACCCGCUACGGCUUCGUGACGCACAAGCUGAUAGAAGAGCCAGUGGAUGAGAAGGACGUCACCAAGGGGACGACCUUCCACAUCCGCACGAACGGGCUGGACUACUUCCACAAGGGAGUGAACUGGAUCCCGGCCAACAUCCUGCCGGAGCGAGCCUCCGACGAGAAGACCCUCCGGUCGCUUCUGCAGGCCGUGAGGGACGCCCACAUGAACAUAGUGCGGGUGUGGGGCGGCGGUCUGUACGAGUCGGACCUCUUCUACGAUCUGGCAGACGAGUACGGCAUCACGGUGUGGCAGGACUUCAUGUUCGCGUGCUCCAUGUACCCUGUGGGGGCGGAGUUCCUGGCCAGCGUGCGGGCAGAGGUCUCCCAGCAGGUCCGGCGCCUGCAGAGUCACCCCAGUGUCGCAGUGUGGGCGGGCAACAACGAGAACGAGGGCGCCCUCAGGGACAACUGGUACGGCACAGGCAGCGACUUCCAGCUCUACAAGAAGGACUACGUCACUCUCUACGUGGACACCAUCAUGAAGUCCGUCCAGGCCACCGACGGCACCAGGGACUUUGUCGUCUCCAGUCCUUCCAACGGCUGGAAGACCGUGAAGGAAGGCUACGUGGCGGAGAACCCCGGUGACGUGCUGUAUGGGGACAUUCACUACUACAACUACGACAUCAAUGGCUGGGACAGCACUCGGUACUCCGUGCCGAGAUUCUCGUCGGAGUACGGCUUCCAGUCCUAUCCGUCCCUGGGCUCCCUCCAGGAGGUGGCAGAGCCCUCCGACCUGGUGUUCUCCAGCAAGUUCGUCUCCCACAGGCAGCACCACCCCUCGGGCAACGACGAGAUAGUGCAGCAGGUGCAGAGGAACAUGCCCUUCACCCUGAACGAGUCCUCGGUCGAGAACUUUGCGUCCCUGAUCUUCCUGAGUCAGAUCAACCAGGCGAUGUCCAUAAAGACGGAGACAGAGCACUACCGCAGGUCGCAGUCGCUGCUGACCGCGGCGGGCCAGGGCCGCACCAUGGGCGCCAUGUACUGGCAGCUGAACGACGUGUGGCAGGCGCCCUCCUGGUCCUCCAUCGAGUUCGACGGCCGCUGGAAGAUGCUGCACUACUACGCCAAGAACUUCUUCGCACCGGUGCUGUUGUCACCCUAUGUCACGUCCGAUGGAAGUUUCGAGGUCGCCGCCAUAUCCGAUAUCGACUACAACGAAACUGUUCGCCUGAACUUCGACAUCAUGGUGAUGACAUAUGACAGCUUUACUCCACUCUACACAGAACAAGCUGCUACUAGACUGGUACUCAAUAAACCUGUCAUCUCGAUAUCGAAGAACAUGAAUAACUUUCUAUCUACAGCAGGGUGUGGAUCCGAACCAACAGCCAAGUGUUUCAUAUACAUCCGACCAGCAGCUUUUACUGACAUCAUAGAGGAGGUGCCCGACAACUUCCUGUUCCUGGGACGCGUGCCGGGCGCCCGGAGGUCGGGCCUGGCGGUGAGCGAGGUCGCGGGCCCCAACAGGACGGCCAGCGGCGAGGACCGCUUCUCGCUGCUGCUGACGUGCGACGCGCCGGCGCUGUGGGUGUGGCUGGAGGCGGCCCGCCACCUGCCCCCGGGCCGCUUUUCCGACAACGGCUUCCAGCUGGUGGUGCGUCGAAGGCGCCUCACCUACACCACCGCCCCUGGAGCGGUGACGACGGAGCAGCUGCGAGCCGCCCUGUCGGUCACCUCGCUCGGCGACCAGCUGGCUGCUUCAUCUGGCCAUUCCCAUUCACUGCCGGCAGACGUGUAUACUGUGUAGCUGAAACAUCUACAAAAAUAAAAAUAAAUAAGCAGCA